CUGAACCGACACAAACACGUUGACCGAUUUGCAACACCUUUGUGCUUGUCUAGCAGCAGGGCCUGCACGCAUACACCCGAGGGACUACUCUUCAGAUCCUUGUCUUGCAGAAUCGAUACAGUUUCUGCUCGAUACAGAGACGCACUGGACUUGAGGGGCUGUCGGAAGCCUGCAUAGAAUGCAAAAGCAGCGCUUCUCGGAAGCGCGAGCUCCAGGGCGGGCCGGCACGCAAGCAGCUCCUCAUGCACCGUGUCGCCCGUUUGUGCGCACACGCCGCGUACACGUCUGUAACGCUUCGACCAACGGGGAUGGCCCAUGCACGCCUUCACUCGGCGACGCCAUCCUGCGCCCGGGCGGCCUGCCUGAUCCCCGCCGGCCGGGUCUGUACAUGAAGCAGUUGCAGCAGUUCCAGGAGCGCUGGAGCGGCGACAUGGGCGGCGCCAGCGGCAGCAGCGGGCUGGGCAGCGGGGGUGCUGCAACCCCAGGAACUGGGCUGGGCGAGCACUCGGGCAGUUUCGGCGACCCCGAACUUUCUCGCAGCUCGCUCUCCAUCUGGCCACGCGGCAAUCUCACGGCUGUGGUGCUAGGAGGUGGCGAGUCGGACAGCCGGCGCCUGUUCCCGCUGACGCAAUACCGCACGCUUCCGGCUGUGCCGUUCGGCGGCGCUUACCGCAUCAUCGACCUUUUGAUGAGCAACAUGCUCAACAGCGGAAUCAAUAAGAUCCACAUCCUCACCGCCUUCAACAGCUAUUCGCUGAACCGGCACCUCCAGCGGACUUACGACAUGUCUGGUGGCGUGCCGUACGGUGGCGACGGUUACAUUGAGGUGGUGGCCAACUCCAUGUCGCCCGACUCUCAGAAUUGGGUGACGGGCACUGCGGGCUGCGUGCGGCAAUUCAUGAGCUACUUCGACUCCAACUCCAAGAACAGGUUCAUCGAGGACAUCAUGAUUCUGCCGGGUGACCACGUGUACAGCGCUGACUACACGCCCAUCAUCGCCUACCACCGCAGCACCGGAGCCGACCUCACAAUCGUGUGCCGGCCCGUCAGCGGCGAGCAGGCCUGCCGCCUGGGCGUUGUCAAGCUGGACGCCCAGAACCGCAUCAAGACAUUUUCUGAGAAGCCCUCCGCCUCGGAGCUACCGGAGCUGGCGAUGAGCGACGACGAGAUGCGGCCCUUCAUGAUGCCCACAGAGGAGGCGCUGCGUCAGCAGGCCAGGCGGCGCAUGCAGACCACCCUGGCGUCGCGCGGCAGCGGGCCGCUGGGCCGCCUGUCGGCCGGCGCGGCCAAGGGCGGCGCGCGCAUGGGAGGCGGCGGCGGCGGGCGCGUGGUGCUGGACACGAUGACGUCUGUGGACGAGACGGAGACUCGCCCCGGGACUACCGGCUAUGUGGGCAGUUGCGGCAUCUACAUCUUCAAGCGCUCGGUGCUAUCAGAGGCCCUGAAGCGGCACUUCAAGAUGCAGGACUUUGGCCGUCAGAUCAUCCCGGAACUCAUCCGGGAGGGUGUCAAGGUGCACGCCUACCGCUUGCCCGGCUACUGGGCUGAUGUGGGCGGCAGUGUGGGCGACUUUUACGCCGCCAAUAUGUCGCUGCUCAGCGACCCGCCCUCCAUCUCCUUCAACGCCCCCAUCAACUCGCCUUUCUUCAAGUUCCCGCUGACCAUCCCCGCCAGCCAGAUGAUGCACUCGCGUGUGAGCGGCGCGCUGGUGAGCGCCGGCUGCAUCGUGAACAGGAGCGACAUCCGCAACAGCGUCAUCGGCAGCCGCAGCAUCAUCGGCCCCAACGUGACCAUUGAGGACAGUGUGGUGUUCGGCGCCAGCCACUACGACCACGAGAAGCCGCUGCCCCGGCCGCUGGGCCCCACCUUCCCGCCCAUGGGCAUAGGCGAGGGCAGCAUCGUGCGCAACGCCAUUCUGGACCUCAACGUGCGCGUGGGCAAGAACGUGCAGCUGGUCAACAAGGAGGGCGUGUACGAGAGCGCGGAUCGUGGAGUGCAGGGCAUGUAUGUCCGCGACGGCAUUAUCGUGCUGGCACGUGAGGCGGUCGUGCCGGACGGGACCAUUAUGUGAAAUAGACCGGGACGGAUGAUAACAGAGGGGCCGUGAAGGCGGAGGCUUACUGAAGACACGUUGCAAGUGUGUACUGAUUUCCGCGCCCCGGGCUAGCCUAGCACUCGUAGGGAUCAUAAGGAAGCGCAAGCGCUUUGCUAGCUAGGCCUAUUAUUGGGUCACAGCGUGGCAGUCAUCAAGUACUCGGACCUCAUAAGUCAUAAGCAUUUGUGGCCAAGAUCACGUAGCUAGGUAAGGCAGGCAAUGCAGCGUGGCGCAUUCCGUGAGCAGCCUUUGGGAUUCAUGCGUCAGUCUGACAAACCCGACAGGUGGAUGGAGAUUGAGAGACCGCCAAGGUCGCACGGCUAGGUAGUCGGCUAAUGAAAUUGUUCAUGCUCAGCAUCAGCAGCGUUUGCUCGGUAUGGCGCAGGGCGCUAGCCGGCCGUGGAGUGCGUAGAGCAGUGUAGAGUGUCUGAGGUUUUGUAGCGGACAGGACGUGGGGUUGAGUUGUUCAGCGUGUGCAGGUCUUUCCCUCUCCAAAGGGCAUGCGCCCACUACUCUCCCGUCUUGAGGCCGACGGUUUCAAAACAACUUCAUCUGCCGGAUGGAGACAAGGCUGCGAGGGGAUGGGCUGCGCUAUUGAUACUAAGGGGCGCCGUGGCAUGUGGUGAAAAGGGACGGCGUGUGGGCGGAACACGGAAGUUCUACGACACACAAGUAUAUAACCCCGCGGACGGCGCCCUGGGGCAUCUAGAUGUGUCUUUUACCGACUAUCCUACUACACGGCGAGCUGCGCGGAGAUUGGCACGGUACCGUGAGAACAGACAAGCACGAUACAAGCUCAACGAGAGUACUG